UAUAAAUGAAAGUACAAAAAUUGACUAGAAAUAUAGUUCAGAAUUUUUUUAAAGAAAAGCAAAUAGAUUCUCAAGAAUGGCAUUGCUGCAAUUUAGAAUUCAAAUCAAUACAAGGUAUAGGACGUCAUGUUCAUACACAUCAUCAAGUUGACAUUCAUAAAAGAGAACAAGAAGAACUGCAUAAACUAGAAGAAAUGAAUUUAUAUAAACAAAAUGUGCAAAAAUUAAAGCAAAGACGAGCUAAAAAGGGAUCUUCAGAUCCUAUUCGUAUUAACUGUCAAUGCCAACAAACAAAUAGAUCAAAGGUCAUUCUUUUUUAUAAAUACGUAGAUAUCCCUGAUCCUCUUCAGUUUGCUCUGGAUCAUCAACGUUAUUGCACAACACUUACCGGCAAAGUUCGUAUUGCCUCAGAAGGUCUGAAUGUGACCUUGGCUGGACUAAAUGAAGAUAUUGAUGCUUACAUUAACUGGUUAAUAUAUACAGAACCUUUUGCUGAUUGUCUCAAUAGUCUUGAAUCAUCUCAACUUGCACGCUAUCAGUUCUUUAAGCCUUCAGCUGGCUGUCGUCAUGUCUUUUCUGAUCUUUCAAUCAGACUCGUAGAUGAAAUCUGUCCUUUAGGACAAAAUAACAUUCAAUUAAAUAAUUUAAAAGACACUAGCCAGCAACAUGGUAAACUUAGUCCUGAAGAUUUUCAUCACAAAUUGCUCCUCUCUUCCUCCAACGAUAUUUUGUUAAUCGAUACAAGAAAUUAUUAUGAAAGUAAAAUUGGACAUUUUGAGGGUGCUAUUCAACCAUCUAUUCGUAAAUUUAGCCAAUUCCCAGAAUUCGUUGAAAGAAAUAUAGAGUCAAUGAAGGGUAAGACAAUUAUGACAUAUUGUACGGGUGGUGUACGUUGUGAGAAAGCAACAGCUUUUAUGCGUCAAAAGUUACCCAAUGAGCAAAUUUACAUGUUGGAUGGCGGCAUUCAUAAUUAUCUAGAAUGGUGGGAAAAAAAGGAACAGAAAGAAGAGGACAACAAUAAAAAAUCGCUUUGGUUAGGAAAAAAUUAUGUCUUUGAUGCUCGGCAAUCGCUUCAUCAUGGUUCAUCAACUCUAAUUAUAAGUACAUGUCAAAAAUGCAAUAAAACACCAUGGGAUAAAUAUGAGAAAUGUGCUUCUGUUGGAUGUCAUUUAUUAGUACUUUGUUGUGAUGAUUGUUAUAAUAGUCAUUGUGAAGGGAAAAUAUACUGUUGCUCGGCUUGUAAAAAUGGUCUAUCAAGGCAUGAUUUGUGUAUUUGUGAAAAGGAGCGUCGAAAAAAGGAAUUAACAGAGAUGAUUUAAUUUAUACUUGUUUUAAUUUAUUUAUAUAGAACAAAAAGAGAGAGAAAAAAAAAAUACAACA